GGCCCUCCGCUCCCGGCGCCGGGGUCCCGGCGGCCGCAUGAGCCGCGCGCACGGGGCGUUGUGCCGGGCCUGCCUCGCGCUGGCCGCGGCCCUGGCCGCACUGCUUCUGCUGCCGCUGCCGCUGCCGCUGCCGCCGCCGCGCGCGCCCGCCCCCGCCCGGACCCCGGGCCCGGGCCCGCGCGCGCCGCAGCCCGCGUCCGCCGCCCCCAGCCUGAGGCCGGACGACGUCUUCAUCGCGGUCAAGACCACCCGGAAGAACCACGGGCCGCGCCUGCGGCUGCUGCUGCGCACCUGGAUCUCCCGGGCCCGCCGGCAGACGUUCAUCUUCACCGACGGGGACGACCCUGCGCUCCAGCUCCAGGGCGGCGGUCGUGUCAUCAACACCAAUUGCUCCGCCGUUCGCACCCGCCAGGCCCUCUGCUGCAAGAUGUCCGUGGAGUACGACACGUUCAUCGAGUCAGGGCGCAAGUGGUUCUGCCAUGUAGACGAUGACAAUUAUGUGAACCCCAAGAGCCUCCUGCACCUGCUUUCCAGCUUCUCACCCAGCCAGGAUGUCUACCUGGGGCGGCCCAGCCUGGACCACCCCAUCGAGGCCACGGAGAGGGUCCAGGGUGGCAGAACUGUGACCACAGUCAAGUUCUGGUUUGCUACUGGUGGGGCCGGGUUCUGUCUCAGCAGAGGCCUCGCCCUGAAGAUGAGUCCAUGGGCCAGCCUGGGCAGCUUCUUGAGCACGGCUGAGCAGGUGCGGCUGCCAGAUGACUGCACGGUGGGCUACAUCGUGGAGGGGCUCCUGGGCGCCCGCCUGCUCCACAGCCCCCUCUUCCAUUCCCACCUGGAGAACCUGCAGAGGCUGCCACCGGACACCCUGCUCCAGCAGGUGACCUUGAGCUAUGGGGGUCCUGAGAACCCACAUAACGUGGUGAACGUGGCCAGAGGCUUCAGCCUGCAGCAGGACCCCACACGGUUUAAGUCUGUCCACUGCCUUCUCUACCCAGACACGGACUGGUGUCCCAGGCAGAAGCAGGGCGCUCUGACCUCUCAGUGACACCAGUGACCCUGACCCACAGCUGCCUGGGCUCCAUCCCAGCUGCGGGGAGCUGGAGCCCCCCAUGGCCUCAGUGGGCUCCAUCAGGUGCCACAGCCACGCCAGUGAGAUGCAGGCGUCUGGCAGACCCUCUGGCUAGUCUGGUGUCUGGGCUCCACUGCUU